AUGUCUUCAACACCGCUCCACGACGUCUGGGAGGCCGCCUCUGCCAACCCGUACCAGCCGAUAGUAGGCAAGAACGCUCAGUUCACCGUCGGAUUCACCCUGCUACUCAUAGCCUUGGUUUUAUCAGGCCUCUUCGGAUUGAACCGGUCAUUGACAAACCUGCCUGUACUCGGUGUUCCUGCAUCUCUGGCCUUCGGCUUUGGCGCCGUCUACAUGAUUUGCGCUGUCGGCGUUUACGUCUAG